AUGCUCGUGCAGGCACUAACUGCCAGUCACGAUCGUGAGCGUGCGCGGAUGACGUUUUCGCAGCAGCCGAAGUGUCCAGCCCCGCGCGGGAGCGGGAGGACGAUGGCAGCGGCGGCCGCCCCCACCUCCGCCUCCCUCCUCGUCUGCCUCUCUCCUCAGCCCUCCUCCGCAUCACCUCUUCUCCUCAUCGCCUUCCUCUUGCUGCCCCGAGCAUGGGCAGGGUCGCCAGCGAGCUUCACUACGGUCAACUUAACUGACUGCAUAAAGAUGCUCGCGCACGGCGCCAAUGUGUCUCAUUUUUUUAAUCUUCUAAUUCGUUUAUUUCCAACCAUCCUGUGGUGUUGGGUUCUUGUUUUGGAGAGACAGUCCACGCCGGUGCCCACAACGCUGUACUCACGGUUGCAUAUGAUUGGGCCAUUUGCCAGGGAAGUUUUUUUAUAG